GAGCUCACACUGGACCCAAACACGGCUGCCAGCAAUCUCUGCCUCUCCAAAGAUAACAAAGCGGUGACACAUGUGAGUGAGGAGCAGCCGUAUCCUGACCACCCAGACAGAUUUGACUCUGACCCUCAGGUGCUGUGUAGAGAGAGUCUGUCUGGACGCUGCUACUGGGAGGCUGAGUGGAAUGGUGAUUACCUUUCAAUAGGAGUGACGUACAAAAGCAUCCAGAGGAAAGGGAACGGUUAUAACAGCAGACUUGGUGAUAAUGACAAGUCUUGGACUGUGAAUUUCCAAGGACACCGUGGCUACAUUCACUCUGCCUGCCACAACAAGAAGAAGACUGACAUAUUUAAUCUACCCCCAUGCUUCAACAGAGUAGGAGUGUUCCUGGAUUGGCCCGCAGGUACCCUGUCCUUCUACGGCGUCUCCUCCGACACACUCACUCACCUGCACACGUUCCACUCCACGUUCACUGAGCCCCUGUAUCCUGGGUUCAGGUGCGAUGAUUCCGCUGUGCGCUUGUGUCAGAUCAUAUGA